GGGGGCAGUGAAUUCAAAGUGGGAAGAAACGUCUGCAAAGGGAGAAAUGGGUUUAAAAACGCCUAACAAGUUAAAUGAAAAACACACACACCCACAUUCUCUGUCUCUCUCUCUCUCACUCUAAAGCGUCGUAUUUCUAAUUUUAUAUUCUUGAGAAAGAGGAGAGAGUGUGUGUGAGAGAGAGACGGAGAGAGAGAGUGUGUGUGAGUGAGUUCUAUAUUCUAGAGAAAGAGGAGAGAGAGAGGAUGAAGAUCUCUCUCUCGUGUAUGGAUGAGAAAGUUGAAGCUUAGGUUGUAGAUAGAGGGAGAGCGGGGGUGUUCAGGGAGCGAGCAGCGCGCGGGGGAGACGGAGAGAGAUAGGGAGUGGCUGUCAGCCGCUCUUUCUCCUGUCUGAUCCGAUCUCAGGAGGUUCACAGCUUCGUUGGAUUUCCGGCGACUCAAGCAUCCAGUACAGCAAAUUGUCCAUGGUUUUCAGGCAUUCUCUUGAGGAACUGAAGACAAUGAUGGAAGUGCUAGGUUGUGAAUUGCCUGCCAUGGUUGAUGUGCAGGGAUAUAUGAUGCUAGAACUUUACGGCUACUUGAAUCAAGAGAGGAAAUAUAUUAACAAGCAUUGGCAAUCAUGUUUUUAUGUUCUAUUUUCUGGGAAGACUCUUGAAGAAUUUAUGAAAGGGUUAUCUGGAAAAGCGAUAUAUGGUCCUAAUUUGGACCAUAUAGGACUGAAAAAAAGGAAAUAUGAAGCAAUGUCUCAAUCUGGAGGGAAUCAUGAUGGGCAAGCAUCAGAUGACAGUCUUCUGCCUGGCCUUCAUGAUGAUAGUGCGCUGGAUAUUUUAGCCUGGAGCUGCAGAUCUGAUUAUGCAAAUCUUGCCUGUCUAAAUAAAAAAUUCAAGUCAUUGAUGGCAAGUGGAUAUUUAUAUAAACUGAGACGUCAACUUGGUGUUAUUGAACAUUGGGUUUAUUUAGCCUGUAUCUUAAUGCCUUGGGAAUCCUAUGAUCCUAUGAGACAAAGGUGGAUGAGGUUACCUAGGAUGCCAUGUGAUGAAUGCUUUACAUAUGCAGACAAGGAGUCUCUUGCUGUAGGGACUGAGCUACUUGUUUUUGGUCGUGAGUUAUCAGGAUUUGCAAUUUGGAUGUAUAGUUUGCUUACACGUGAUUGGUCUCGAUGCCCUUUGAUGAACUUGCCUCGAUGUCUGUUUGGUUCUAGCAGCCGUGGGGAAAUUGCUAUUGUUGCUGGUGGAAGUGACAAGAAUGGCCGUAUUUUGAAGUCUGCCGAGCUUUUCAAUUCAGAAUUUGGUACUUGGCAAACUUUGCCAGAUAUGAACUUGCCACGCAAGUUGUGUUCGGGCUUCUUCAUGGAUGAAAAAUUUUAUAUUAUUGGAGGCAUUUCAAGUGAUAUGAAAUCUCUAAGUUGUGGGGAAGAGUAUAACUUGGAGACACAGACAUGGAAGAGGAUAAAGAACAUGUACCCUGGUUCUCAUGUGGGCAGAGAACCUGCCAUGGGAUCUCCUCCCCUGGUAGCUGUUGUAAAUAAUCAGCUUUACUCUGCUGACCAAGCAACCAAUGAGGUUAAGAAAUAUGACAAGGCUAAUAACUCUUGGAGUGUUGUCAUGAGGCUGCCAGUUAGGGCCGACUCUUCAAAUGGUUGGGGUCUUGCUUUCAAGGCAUGUGGUAACAGCAUAUUAGUGAUUGGAGGGCACAGGGGUCCUGAAGGUGAAGUAAUUGUGCUGCACUCCUGGCAACCAGAGGGUGGACAACAAUGGAAUGUGCUUUCUGUCAGGGAACGGGCUGGUGCUUUUGUGUACAACUGUGCAGUAAUGGGCUGUUAAAGGCAAAGCUUUUGUUGAUUUGCUUGUUCUUAGUCGACUAUGUUUGUCCUUUGUUGACUUGUGGAGGAAACAAAAGGCAACUUAUAUUUUCUCAGCAUCAUUUAUUGAAACUUCUAUGAGCAAUAACUUUACAUUUUCUUUCAAA